AUUAUAAUUUGUUUUUCUAUUUGGACUGCAGAAAUAUAUAGGCAGAAGCUUCAACAAGCAAUUUCAGACGGAAAGCUUAGUGAUGAAGAUUUGAAUUUCCUGGAGCGGUUACAGAUAAUGCUUUGCAUUCCCAAGCAAACUGUUGAAACAGUGCAUGCUGAAAUCUGCGGCAUUUUAUUUGAAAUUGUAAACACUAUUCGCUCCACAUUUACAGUUUUUACUGAACAAGUGGUGAAGGAAGCAAUUGCAGGAGGAGUGGAAUUGUAUGAUUCUGAAGUGAAGAAAUCUGUUAGAAAGGCAGCUUAUGGCUUACACUUAACAAAAGAGGCUGCAUUAACAAUUGCUUGUAAAGAAGUCAUUUCGGUUUUGGUUUCGGAUAUUUCAGUUCAGGUAAUCAGUUCCGGUUAUGUUUUGAUAGAUCUAUCUACAAGUACCAAAAAAGGGGAAAUCAGUCAGGAUGAUUGGAAUGGAGUCAAGGCUUCAUCUCAAGUUAAAGAAUUUAAGGGUGAGCUACUGAAGAAAUCUCACAUCCCAGAAAGGCUACAUGGAGUUAAUUCCUCUCAGCACCCCCAACCCAUAGCUAUCCUAGAGAGGAGAAUUAAAAAGAAGAAAAAGGCAGCUGCUUCAGUGGCAGGGAGUCUCGGCGAGUGAUGCUACGUGGGAAUGGGCUAAUAAUUUUGUUACUCGAUUUCCUGAGUUUCAGUUGGAUACAUAAGCUUUGAGGACUGCUUUUCACAAGGACAAAGGGAUGUUACAGAGAGGACUAUAAGGGCGGAUCUCAUACAUAAACAUACAUAUAAGGGCGGAUCUUUUCAAUAUCUGAUCAUACAUAUAUUCUUCGUGUUUUUGGGGAAUACGAUUAGAUCGGUGGAUAAAGUAAUUAACAAAAAUUAACAAUUCAUACAUACCCGUCUUGCAUCGGCCAACUGCUCCGCUGAUGGGGAAGUCCACCAUCUCUCCCUCCCUUAUUUUCCCGUCGGGUGUGUCAGUCCGGACUGCUCAUUCAAGACU